AUGAAGCUCUUUCUUUACACCACUGUAUUUGCAGCAACUGUUUCUGCAAUUCCCAUGUUACAUGGCGCGAAUAUGUUAAAACGUGAAGGCGGUGAAGUGUCGACAGACUACAUCUUCACUGACGACCCAGCUGGCGGUGGCAAGGUUGACCAAAAGAAGAAGCGAGACGGAGGUGAAGUGUCGACCGACUACAUCUUCACUGACGACCCAGAUGGCGGCGGCAAGGUGGACCAGAAGAAGAAGAGAGACGGAGGUGAAGUGUCGACCGACUAUAUCUUCACUGACGACCCAGCUGCUGGUGGCAAGAUUGACCAGUAG